AAACAGCGGCCACAGUGAAUGUUACGUACCCGCUCGGAAUGGGUGUUACCUGAUACAGCGUACGAGAUACCGAUCAGUGCGCUCGAAUUCCUGUUUUUUUUUGUAACCGCGUUACUCGCGAGUUGAGGAUUCUAUUUUUUCUUGAUACAUCGUACUUUCGCGCAGCCUCACCGGAAAUAAGCGAUAAUGCCGGUCUUUCAUACCAAGACUAUCGAGAGUAUCCUCGAGCCCGUGGCUCAGCAGGUCUCCAGACUUGUUAUCUUACAUGAAGAAGCCGAAGAUGGAAAUGCAAUGCCAGAUUUGGGACGGCCUGUACAGGCUGUCAGUAUGGCUGUGACCAACCUUGUAAAAGUCGGAAAGGAAACGAUAAACUCGUCUGACGAUGCAUUGCUUAAACAAGACAUGCCAGCGGCACUGCAACGUGUCGAGGGUGCUUCCCGUCUUCUGGAGGAAGCGUCGGCCAUGUUGAAACAAGAUCCGUACUCUGGUCCUGCCAGAAAAAAGCUUAUAGAAGGGUCACGUGGUAUCUUGCAAGGUACCAGCUCUUUGCUUCUUUGCUUCGACGAGAGCGAGGUGAGGAAGAUCAUACGAGAAUGCAAGCGUGUGCUAGAUUACUUGGCUGUUACUGAAGUUAUCGAAACGAUGGAGGAUUUGGUGCACUUCCUUAAGAACUUGAGCCCAUGCCUUAGUAAAGUAUCGAGGGAAGUAAGCGCUCGUGAGAAGGAGUUGACUCAUCAAGUACAUAGAGAAAUUUUAGUGCGUUGUUUGGAGCAAGUUAAAACACUUGCCCCAAUUCUGAUCUGCUCCAUGAAGAUUUUUAUCCACAUUAUCUCACAAGGUGGUAAAGGUGCAGACGAAGCGGCGGAGAAUCGUAACUACUUGUCCGGAAGAAUGUCUGACGAACUGAACGAAAUUAUUCGAGUUUUACAAUUGACAACGUACGACGAGGAGGAAUGGGAAGCCGAUCAGUUGACUGUGCUGAAAAAGGCUCAGAGUGCCAUAGAAUCUCGAAUACGAACCGCCUAUGAUUGGUUGGACGACGGACUGGCUCUGAGAGGGGGAGUGGGAGAGAAGAGUCUUCGUCAAAUAAUAGAACAGGCGUCACGUUUGUCGGAACGUUAUCUGCCUCCGUCGCAAGCGGAACCCAUGUCUAAACUGGCCGCUCAAAUAGUCACUAUGACCGACGCUCUCUGCGAAUUGCGUCAAAACGAAAAAGGCACCACGCCGCAAGCGGAAGUCUUAGCACACAGUAUUAAAGAGAAAUUAAACGAGCUCCGCGGCUCGGUAGCGUCCGCUUUGGUAGCAGCAGAUAAAUCGGGAACCGCACAAACGGCACACACAGUAGCGGGUCGUUUAGAGCAAGCGAAUAAGUGGCUUCUGAAUCCGCAGCACGAUGACAAGGGACUCGGUAAAAGGGCUAUAGCUUUAAUAAUUCACGAAGGAAAGAAGGUGGCCGACGGUUUGCCGGGCAUACACAAGGCGGAGAUUCUGCAGUUGUGCGAAAAAGUGAGCAAUCUGUCGCACCAGCUGGCCGGUUUCUGCGACCACCGUCUGGGCAAUUCCCCGCGCGCUCAGGAGACCGCCCGGCAGCUGUCUCACAAGCUCUACGAGCUGAAGAACAGGAUACAGCAGGCCGUGGUGUCCCGUGUCGUUGAAGAUUUUAUCGACAUCACUACACCCCUCAAACAAUUCACGGAUGCCGUGUUGGCUCCCGCCGGCACACCGGGACGCGAUCAGAAUUUCAACGACAAAACUUAUGCGCUGCAGACGUUCUCUAACAGAGCGGCGAAGACGGCCAGGAUGGUCGCGGCUGGCGGAAGUGGUGGAAACAAGAAGCUAGCCGAGGCGUUGGCCACUAGCGCUUCGCAGGUGGAAUCCCUGACACCGCAGCUGGUCAACGCUGGACGUAUCCGCAUGACUUAUCCGGACAGCAAAGCCGCGGACGAGCACUUUGAGAAUUUGCGCCAGCAAUACGCGGAGACGAUGCAACGGGCGCGAGCGUUGUGCGACGAAGCGACCGACAGCGGCGACUUCAUCAGGACCUCCGAAGAACAGAUGCAGAAACACGCGUUCCUCUGCGAAGAGGCCAUAGCCAAGGCUCUGCCGCAGAAGAUGGUCGACAAUACGGCGUCCAUCGCGCGUCUCGCCAAUCGAGUCAUACUCGUGGCGAAGCAAGAGAGCGACAACAGCGAGGACCCCGCCUUUAUACAGCGGGUGAAUCAUGCUACUGAUGUCCUUCAGAACAGUGUCGCUCCGAUGGUACAAGAUGCAAAAUUCGUGGCAAUGAACAUUAAUGACAGCAAUGCGGUGUCACACUGGAGAGAAAGCAAUCGUGCACUCCUGGCUAAUGUUGGACAAGUUCGUAAAGCCAUUGUAGUCCAGCCCGAUCUGGUGCCACCCUUGGAAAUGUCACAGUUACACAUUAACGACGAUGAACAAUUCAAACAAAUUCCAACCCUACAAUAUAAUUACACCAAAGAUAAAGUAGAGAACCCCGAUCUUUUGUAUCAAGAACUGGCUUCUGACAACGAGUUAGACAAGUCAAUUCAUGACGGAGAAGUGGCACCUCCUCGACCACCUCUACCAGGAGGCGACGUCCCGCCGCCGAGACCUCCUCCUCCCGAGACGGACGACGAAGACGAGAUGUUUAUGCAUGCUCCUCAACCUAAUCAACCGAUAAUGAUGGCUGCCCACGGUCUGCAUCAAGAAGUGCGGCAAUGGUCGAGCAAGGACAACGAAAUCAUUGCCGCAGCGAAGAAAAUGGCCAUACUAAUGGGCAGAUUAUCAGGGCUUGUUAGGGGCGAGGGCGGCAAUAAACGAGACCUUAUCGCAUGCGCAAAGGCCAUCGCCGAAGCUUCUCAGGAAGUCACCCGUCUGGCGAAGGAGCUCGCCAGAGAAUGUACCGAUAAACGUAUUCGAACGAAUCUGCUCCAAGUUUGCGAGCGUAUACCUACUAUCGGUACGCAGCUGAAGAUACUAUCUACCGUGAAAGCCACCAUGCUCGGAGCACAAGAGACACUCCCGACCUGGGAAGAGCUGAUGCUUUAUGGUACGGAGGAAGAUCAGGAAGCGACGGAUAUGCUCGUCGGGAAUGCUCAGAAUCUCAUGCAGAGUGUGAAGGAAACUGUGCGUGCCGCGGAAUGCGCCAGCAUAAAGAUUCGUACUGCCUCCGGUAUGAAGCUGCGCUGGGUGCGUCGUCAGCCUUGGUAUCAAUAUUAGAUUCCAAUGUGAGGCACGUCUACAAUCUUCAAAUUGAGGAGAACAUACAAGAUUUCGAUUGGUGUUCAUAUGUAUUAGCAGCAAUUUGUCCACGGCAUAUGAGAAAGAAAAAAUCGCUAACAUACAAUAUAUUUCUAUAUAAAUUUCAAGUAUACACACUAAUUGUGUAGGGUAUCACGCUUCAGAGAAAUUUACGGACUGACUUCUAUUGUAUUUGUUUCAACCAUAAAUUAUUAAUUCAUUUUUUUUUUAUGUUUGUUUUUUUAAAGAAAGCAAUACUAAUAGUCAUAUAUACAUUAAAACGCACAAUUAUUAGAAGCUAGACAAACAGUAAUAACAGAUGUUUAUUCAUAUUUUAUGUUGUUUAUUAUGAUUUUUAUAGCAUUCUAUUAAUUUUACUUUGUUUAAUGAAAUAACCAUGCAUAAUUAAAUAAGCUAAUCAUGAGUACUACGUUAUAGCUUGGGAAUUAAUUUUUGAUCUCUUAGUUCAAUAUUUCUGGAAAGAAUGAAAAGCCUUAUUUAUAUAUCCAAUAUAUCUCAUAAUACGCUAAAAAUGAUAGUACUUUAAUAUAAGCUUUAAUAUAAGUAAUAUAUAUUAUGUUGGCAACAUAAUAGUAAUAUAUAACGGUGAUUAUAUAUAUAU